AUGGAAAAUAAUAGUGAUCCUAUAUUUUUUUAUAAUCAAAAUAAAGAUCCAGACCCAGAUCAAAGAACUCAUUUCUUUGUGACAUAAGCCUAGACCCUAUUAGUCGCUAUACUAGUGACUGGACUGAUGCAACUGUCAAAUUAUUUAGCUAUUUAUCUGAUUAUUUGCUGUCCUAUAUACUUUUUAUUGGUAGUAAUUUAAUACUAUGUAUUCUGGAAACCUAAAACAGAUUUGACUAAUGCUUUUAAUUGUUAUAAUUGCUUCAUGUUUUUUAUCUGCUGUCCUAUCUUUUUUACUGUUUUUUUUUUAGUCUUUCACCCUGCAGCUUCUAUUGAAUUCUAAAAAGUAGAUAACUGUUAAAUGGUUGGUUAGCUAAAAAACUGGAUAGAAAGGAAUGAGAAAUAUUCUAUUCUAUAUAUUAACUUUGAAUACUAAGGUCAAUAAUAUCUAGGCUAAGCAUGUGCUUCAGAUUAAUUUUAAGGACAUACUUUUAAGCCCAUAUACCCUUACAGAUUUUAUGGCAAAUACGAUUCAAUAAGAUGUGGAGAGGAUAUUAAAGAUAAUGAUACUAGACUAUUGCUUCAAGAUGAAUCAAAUAAUAUAAGCAUAAAUCAAACUCAUAGAUUUUUAGCUGUAGGUGGAGGCGGAGGAGGAGGUGGUGGUGGUGGCGGUGGUGGUGGUGGUGGCCAUGGAGGAAGAUUCGGAGGUGGAUCCAGUGGAGGAAAUAAUUGCAGAACAGAUUAUUUAUGGAGCUAAGUUAAGAUAGCUAGUUGGUUAUGUUUACCUAACAAAUUUGAUAUUUCUGAUUACACGGAACCACAAUCUUGUUAUGUCAAUUUUUUUAGAGGUGAAAAAGCCAUUGAAAAUGGUAUUGGGAGAGCUCCUAUGAAAGAUUAAAAAAAUUUUCCAUUAAUAUCUUAUAAAGAGCAUGCUUAUUACCCUACAACAGAUAUAAUUUGUUUUAUAAUAUUUACUUACUACAAUUGGAUUUUAUCAUUUAAUUUAAUAUUUUAAUAUACUUCUAAUGCAAUACUAAAGAAGUUUAGAAUUUUUAAAGUGAAAAUUAAUAAUAACCUAUAAAACUCAAUUAGUAAAGUUGAGUCAAAUAAUUAAGAUUAAAUAGAUUAGUUGAAUAAUUUACCUAAUAAAUUUGAUAAUAACCAAAAUUAAAAUAAAAUUGCUUAAUAGAACAAAAGAUAAGUAAAGAUGAUGGAACUAAUAAAAGAGACAUAAGAAUUAUAAACAAAAAUAAUUGAUAUUUAACUGAAAUAUUUUAAUAAUUAAGAUGAUAUUUAGAUGUCUGGUGGAAUUGAUUUUGUGUAAAAUAAAAAAACUAAAACUCCAGCUUGA